CUCCAUGCUGCAAUGUUAACCAAAGUGCUGGUACAGAGCUGAGUUUUACAAGUUGGUGUGUGCUGUUCCUUUAGAAACAGCAGAACUGGUAUCUCUGUAGUGUUCAGUGGAUAAGGGGCUAGACAAAGGGCAGACCCAUUGUUAACCUGCAAGGCAAAGUAAGGGCUGGCAUAGCCUAGGAGUGUGUGCUUGAGUGGCUAACAGACAGGUGGUGUUAAGGAACUGACAUCCAGCUAAGCACAAGCUGGUGGAAGGGGGUAACAAUGUGACUCUCAGUCUUGGAAACCCAAGAACCGUCACAUGGCCUGACCCAGAUGGAGUGUUUUGGCAGCUCUCAAUAUCCUUUGUUCUUUUUUCUGCAGGAAGAGUCAGUGGAGCCCCAGCCUAGUGUUUCCGUGAGUUAAGGGCUGGGAACAGGAAAUUAAUAGUCAGGGCUAUUAAUACUGCCUUCCCCAGGCAGCUCUGAACAGAGCAGCACCUCACAGGCUCCUUUCACAGCAUGGAGAUCUCCUGGUGUGCAUUUCUAGCAUACAGGCUUGUACUGUGGUGUAGUCUCUGGGGACUCUGCUUGGCAAGUCCGGACUAUGAUGAUUACUCCCAGAACAGCACCAACGAGCAAGUGGUUACAUCAGCAAACACACUGUGUCCCCGGGCCAUUCCAGGAGAGAAGGUGACUCGUGGCAACAUCACCUACCUGUCCAUCCAUGAGGACUCUCGCUCUCAGCUGAGCAGUGCAGUGACAGUGUGGCUCAUCCCCUGGCUCUACACUGCCGUGUUCCUGGUGGGGCUGCCAGCCAAUGGGCUGGCCCUCUGGGUUCUAGCAACUAGGAUUGAGAAGCUGACCUCCACUAUCUUCCUGAUGAACCUGGCUGCAGCUGACCUGCUCCUGGUGCUGGUGCUACCUUUUAAGAUCUCCUAUUACUUCCUGGGGAACCAUUGGCCCUUUGGGGAGGGCCUGUGCCGGCUCACCACUGCCUUCUUCUAUGGGAACAUGUACUGUUCUGUGCUACUGCUCAUGUGCAUCAGUGUUGACCGGUACUUGGCUGCAGUGCACCCUUUCUUCUCCCGCUCUUUUCGCAGCCCAGGCUUUGCCGCCUGCACCUGCCUCAGUGUCUGGCUCAUCACUGCCAUCUUCACCUUGCCCUUGAUCCUCUUGCAGCAGUCCUACCCCCUGGAUAAGACAAACAUCACUCUCUGUCAUGAUGUUCUCCCCAGGCAUGAGGAUGCUGAGUACUACUACUACUACUUUGUGUGCUUGAUCGUCUGCUGCUUCCUUGUCCCCUUAGUGGUGAUGGUGUUUAGCCACUGCUCAGUGCUGUGGAUCCUGCUGGGCAGUGGAGAGAGGUACACAUAUGCCAUGAAGCUCACGGUCCUUGUGCUGCUCACAGUCGUGGUGUUCUACACACCCAGCAACAUCCUUCUCCUUGUUCACUAUUCCAGCAACUGCUCCAAGCUCUAUGGGGACUUGUACAUCAGCUACAUGGUGAGCCUGGCCCUCAGCAGCUUCAACAGCUGUGUUGACCCCUUCGUAUACUACUAUGUCUCUGAGGACUUCAGAGACAAGGUGAGGCGGAGAAUUUUCAGCCACAGCAAGCGAACCAUCACAUCGCUGAAAACCUCUAAAGAGACUCUCCCUCAGAAGAGCUCCCACUCACAGUCCCUGGUGUGAGGUGCUGGCACCCUUCAUUCCCAUGAUAUCUGCUCACUCCAGGGCUGAGGUUCGGACACAGAUUAGAGCUCUGAGGUAUAGUCUAGGUAGGAAGCUAAUGCUGGCAGGGAGGUGAAGGAGACAGAUUCUUAAGACUGAAUUCAUCAGGGCCUUACGAACUCCUAAGAGGCUUGGAGCCCAAAUUUUGAUGGUGACCAUUGUAUGAAUACUAGCCUGUAACAGGGACAGCACAUAUGACUUCCAAUACAGCUGCUCUGCCCCCUUACUAUGCUCACUGGGUGUUACAGGUAUAGUCGACUCUCCAUAUAAUAGCAGAGCUUGCUGGGGGAAGGAACCUAGAGCAUUUGAGGGAAAAGUGGAAGCUUGGGAAUGCAUUUGCCCAAUAUUAAAACCUGCCUGAGCAAACUGACAGGGGAGGGCAACUUACAGCUAUCCACACACUGGUCUCAGCCUCUGAGCCCACACGUCUUGUGCACAAAGCCAUUUGGCUGGCGUGUCAGGUAGUUGCUCUGCACACACCAUGUGUCCAUACGCAGGCAGUUAGAAUCUUCUUAUCUGACUUGGUAAACCCUCAUUCAUGGAAAUGCCAGAGUCUCCUGUUCCUAGCAAGGUCAAUUUUAUCCCUAUUUCAGCAAAAAGAAGUAAAUUUAGGGGAAGUAGAGAAAGAGUUUUAGAGUUUAUAGAGUGAGAGAGAAAGUGGGAGUCAGGACUCCUGGAUUCUAUUCCUUCCUCUCUCUCUUCCACUGAUAUGCUCUGUGCCCUCGAAUAAGUAAUUUGCUCUCCUUGCACCUCAGUAUCCCUAGCUGUAAAACGGAAAGGAUACUUAUAAGGCUAAAUUAAUUAAUGUUUGUAAAACGCAGUGAGAUCCUCAUGUGAGAUGCAUUGUUUCGUGCUAAUUAUUCUAUGUGAAUGAGGUGAAAUGUCAGCUUCUCUGACAUUCUUCUUCGCAAAUCCUCAGCCCAUUGCUGGUAAGAAAUGUACAAACAAUAUCCACCCAUUCCCUUUACGCAAAAUGCUCUGCUAUUCAGCACUCGUUAUUUCUUUGAAGUGAACUGCCUCUCUUAUGAAGAGAGCCUCUGUUAUGAAGGGAGCCAGGCUUGUGCCCAGGAAAAAGGAUUUUCAUGUCUCUUCAAGACAGGAUAUUAAUGAAGCAUUGAAAACUCCUACGCUGGAAUCUCACACUUUUGUGUAACCUCUGUUGAGACCCAACCUCCCCACCACACCCACUAAAAUAGCUGACCAUGCCUGCAGCUGGAUUCAGGAAUGUGUUGCAAAUGUGACAAUUUACAGCCACUGUAUCCCUCAAAACAAAAUUGAAGGUACUUCCUGGCAAACAAACAAUGAAGCAGAAAUGGAUGGGACACCAGAAACUCCUUAGAACUGUUAAUACUUUGAUUCUGCUGAUUUGUGUAUUACUGUUGCCCUCUCAGUGCUGUGCAACAAUAUAACUGGUAGGUUAGAGAAAGCUUAGAGCCACAGCCCUGCAGUAUGCUCCCCCAUAGUAUUACGAGGCAGAUGUUAGUAGAGAGGAGAGGAAGACAGAAUUGUUUUAGAAAUCAGUUUUUAAUAAAAUAUUCAUCAGUGUCUAAAACAACCCCUUUUCUGGAUUCAUACUAACAUUUGUGCGAAGAAAACAAAAAUGUUCACAAAGCUGGGUUUUGUGGGUUUUUAAAAAAAUAUUCUUGGUGAAAAACUACAGCCUAUUUCCUAUAGGUGCAAUACUCUGAAUGCUGAGAAAAUACCAGCUGCUGAACGCAGGAGAGAUAUGAUGGAGUUAGGCCAAGAACCAGGGCCAUCGUCACUCCACCAGAAAUAGCACACAUGAGAAAACAAAACUGAGCAGAAGGGUUUUUUUUAACAUUAAGUUGACAGAUGUAUUUUUAAAUUGACAAUCUACUCACAAUAAUGAAACCCAGAUUAUUGCGCAUUAAAGAAUCAAUGUCAGCAAAGCAAGUGCUGUUCUUUUCAACUUAAUUUUUAAGUUGGUUGAAUCUUUUUCUAUUUGUUGUCUGUUGAGGCUGAUCAAGAAGGGGGAAGGAGGAAUGUGUGGACAAGAAAGAACAAAAUAAUUUUUGCUUUAAAAUAAAUACCAUGGUAAUGAUU